AAAGGCAAUAAAAGCCCAGCCGCAUCAUUUCCCCAACCCCCAUUCCAAUUGUCCAAGACUGGGACGUACACCUCCAUCAGAUGGAAGAGCUCAUCUCGCCCUCCUCCUCCUGCUCCCCUCCCCGUCCACCUCCUUUCUUCUCUGCUCCGACCACCCAGCACGCCGCGGCGGCGCCCAACCUCCAGCAGCGCCUUCAGUACCUCCUCCACGCCCGCCCUGAGUGGUGGGCCUACGGCAUCUUCUGGCGUGCCUCCCCCGACCACCACCUCCUGUCCUUCGGCGAGGGCCACUUCCGCGGGGUACGGGACAACGGCCCGCGGGGGAGCGGCGGCGGCGGGGGGAUCCAUGCCCUACUCAGCGAUGACGCUGGCCCCGCCGACGGCGACGAAGCCGAGUGGUUCUACGUGGUGUCGCUGACCCGGUCGUUCGCGGCCGGGGACCCCGCCGCCCCCGCCCGCGCCUACGGGUCCCUGGCACCCCUCUGGCUGACGGGCGCCCACGCGCUGCAGACCUGCGGCUGCGACCGCGCCCUCGAGGCCCAGCUACACGGGAUCGAGACGCUGGUCUGCGUCCCCCUCCCCGGGGGCGUCCUCGAGCUCGGCUCCUCCGAGCUCAUCGGGGAGAACUGGGCCCUGGUGCAGCAGGCCAGGGUCAUCCUCUCCACGCCCGACGACGCCAUCGUCGGGCCGGUGGUCCCCGCUCUGCCGCCGGUGGUGAAGAAGGAGGCCGGCGCCGGCAUCACGGGCCUGUCAUCCUCGGUGGACUCGGAGCAUUCCGACUCGGAGGGGUUGCUGAUGGUGGAGCGGCGCCGGCCGAAGAAGAGGGGGAGGAAGCCGGGGACGGGGCGGGAGACCCCGGUCAACCAUGUGGAGGCGGAGCGGCAGCGGCGGGAGAAGCUGAACCACCGCUUCUACGCGCUGCGGUCGGUGGUUCCGAACGUGUCGAGGAUGGACAAGGCGUCGCUGCUGGCGGACGCCGUGUCCUACAUCAAGGAGCUGAGAACCAAGGUAGAGGAGCUGGAGGCCGAGGCCAAGAGGGUCAAGAAGGAGAUCAUAGUGGACCAGGGCGUCGGCGGGGCUGCCACCACUACUUCCACCACCGUGUCGUCGGUGGUCAGCUGCGGUGGGGGAGGGCUGGCGACGAUGGAAUUGGAGGUGAAGAUGCUGGGGCCGGACGCGCUGAUCCGAGUUCAUUCGGAGAAUCUGAGCCACCCGACGGCGAAGCUGAUGGGGGCGCUGCGGGAACUGGAGGUGCACGUACACCACGCGAGCGUGUCCACCGUGAAGGAGGUAACGGUGCAGGACGUGGUGGUGAGGGUGCCCUACGCGCUGCAGGUCAAUGACGGCCUCCGUGCCGCGCUGCUCGGCAGGAUGGACAAGACCUGAUUCCUUCUUCCCUUCAUGUCUCUUCUUGCUUGCUUGUCUUUGGUCCACUCUGUAUAUAAAAUAAAGUCUUUCGUAAUAAAGGUUCCGAGAUGGCUGGAAUUAGUAGGAGUCUUGAAUUGAACAAGCUUUAUAGUAGGGCAGGGGGUUGCCCCAAAUUUAGGAGAGCUUGUUUUCAGAGAAGAGCAAAUAAAAGAAGGUUUGUGAUUGAUCCUGAAGUGUUAGCAUCAGUACAAUUCCACGUUUGAUGCAGUGUUUGUUUUGGAGCAAAGAAGCUAUGGUGUGGAGGAGGACCUUUUGAGGGCCAUAACUAUUUGGUAUGCUGUGUCAUCUUUUUAAAGAAGUCUUGAUGUAACAUGAAUAAAUGUUAUAGGUUAUUUAGGUCAUCAAUUGGAUUUCUUUUUUCAAAUAAUUGGAGGUUUACACAUCUUUCUGCUGAGUGAUGGAUUAGUGUAAGUGCAAAGAGAAUGCAAAUUGAUGCUACUGUUGAAUUUUGAUACUUUCUAUCAUGUAUCUUGAAAGAUUUGGAACUAUUUUUUUUUUCCGAACAAAAAAA